CGGCUUAUAAGCUUAGCCAAACACCCUCUUAAAUUUGCAUAACCCUAGAGGAAUGGAAGAAGAGGGUUUGAGAGAGAGGGGGUCGCCAGUUGUUGUCUAUCUCCACGGGCUUGAUAAUGAGUUUGAUUGGUGGUAUUGCAUCGACGUGCCGCUGACAAAGGAUCCGUUGUUGACAAAGGAUGAUGAUAAUUCAGGCCAACCGAUAAUCCUCCCUAUGAAAAAGAUUUCUCCGGUUGCGAAGCUCAAUCCGGUUAUUUAUGGAAGUGCAGGAAAUUGGGCCGUUAUUGGUGACGACAUCUACUAUGCUGGUGGAUCCUUGUGUGUUGGUCUUUCUGGGUCUAUCCCUAAUGAAAAAUUGGUUAAGCAUAGCAUGACACAAUCUGAUCCUGCCGUUUGGAAGUACCUGUACAUGUAUGCAUAUGAUGUUUGUGUUAAAAGAUGGUUUCAAUCACCAUGUCUUAUAGAUCAAUUUCCCUCACUGUCUUCUCACGGUCACCCUCCACCAUCCCCCAUUUUGGUUGGCCUCCCGCAAGAUGGGAAAUUCGUGGUGUUUCUUCCUGAAGAGCCUGAGCCUGGAUUAAUGAUGAUGGCCUGCCUCAAAGUGGAGAGAAGCCUACAAUCUAUAUAAGUGUUGGUGGAGUUAGUUCAGCCUUUAUCCUUGGAUGAAACAGAUUUUUUGCCCUUUGAGGGGAAGGCAAUGUACAUGUUCUGAAUCUCGACGUCAUGUAGAAGUUCAACUGAAAUGAAAUGAAAUGAAAACACAAUUUCGUUAGAAGCUUCAUCUGUUGCAGCAUUUUCAUUAUAAUUGUUUGUAAUGACUGGGCUUGUAAUUAGGACUGUUAUGAUAAGUAAUUUAGACUGGUUGAACUUUAAUUUGUAAUGGUUUAUGCUGAUGAACUGUUAAGUGUUGAGUGUGUUCGUGUAGGUUUGUGUAAGAGUUUUUAGUAGUCAAGUAUUAGUCGUAACUAAAUUUGCUAAAUUCCUGCUAGAUUUAGUUAAUUA